AUGUAUAAUAUUAAAAUAUUCAGUUCUAGUGGCUCUCGCUCACGUUAUUCCCGCUCCGACCAGCAUGCGCCGGCGCAUCCGCCUACCGUUGUGGUGACGCCGAUGCCUCGUCGCUCCGUCUUCAGGGACGCUGCAGCCGUGGCCGGUGGUGUCACUGUGGGGACGACCAUGGGUCAUCUUGCGGGAGAGGCUAUCAGCAGCAUGUUCACGGGCCGACGGCGAGAAGAGGUGGUACACUCACUACCGCAGAACUACCAGCUUGGCACGGAACCGAGCGGACCUUGCGCCUACGAGAUCGCCCAGUUCCUGCAGUGCGCUGCGAACCGCGAGAACCUGCAGGAGUGUGAGGCCUUCAACGAAGCCCUGAGGGAGUGCAAGCGGAGGAACCGUUAG